AUAGAAACCAAACACACACAAAAAAAAAACAAAAACAGAAAGAUAAAAGAGAAAAUGAGCACAGCAAGAUUCGUCAAGUGUGUGACUGUCGGAGAUGGAGCCGUGGGGAAGACUUGUAUGCUGAUUUCAUAUACCAGCAAUACUUUUCCUACGAUUUUACGCUUGGUUUUGACAAAGCCUGGUUAUGUACUGAUGCAUAUUCAUGGAAAGAGCAUCUUUAUUCAAAGAUACCAGAGGGUUUUAAGCGAUUAUGUUCCGACAGUUUUCGACAAUUUCAGUGCGAACGUGGUGGUCGAUGGAAGUACGGUCAAUCUCGGCCUCUGGGAUACUGCCGGGCAGGAGGAUUAUAACAGGCUUCGGCCUUUGAGUUACAGAGGAGCAGAUGUGUUUUUAUUGGCAUUUUCCCUAAUUAGCAAAGCUAGUUACGAGAAUAUUUACAAAAAGUGGCUGCCGGAGCUGAAACAUUAUGCGCCUACCAUCCCUAUCGUGCUCGUCGGAACCAAAUUAGACUUGAGGGAUGACAAGCAGUUCUUGAAAGAUCAUCCAGGAGCAGCUUCUAUAACAACUGCUCAGGGAGAAGAACUAAGAAAGAUGAUUGGAGCCGUCAGGUACUUAGAAUGCAGCUCCAAAACCCAACAGAAUGUGAAGUCAGUGUUUGAUACAGCAAUCCGGGUAGCUUUGAGGCCACCAAAGGCAAAGAAGAAGAUAAAACCCUUAAAGACCAAGAGAUCAAGAACAUGCUUUUUCCUCUAAUAUUUCAGAAUUUUAAUAAUACAAGUAUUUCGUUUUUUUUUUUGUAUUUUGUGUAAUGGCAAAAGAGACUUACUCGUCAUAAACAAUUUCAUGCCACCAGAGGCGGUUUCACGAUCUGGACCUGAGAGGACAUGAUCUGGUGAUUCUUUCUCAAGGAUGUCUGUUGAAGAUUCAAGUCAGGAUUUGCCGCUCUUUUUGGGUUUUUGCUGAUUUUAGUGAGGGUUUCGACUGUCGGUGUUGGUAUGGUGUGGGAUUUGUUGAGAGGGUGAUGGAGUUGCACGAACCAUCAGCCUUCUUAUAAGCUAUCUGCUUUGAGGGCGGGUAAAAUGUUUUGAACAAAGCUCAAGUGGCGGCUAACUCCGGUGAUUGUCUAUGUUUGGAUCUGUUCUUUUCUCAUGCUCCUCUUUUUUUUCCUUUCACCGUUUAUUUCUCAUGGUAUUUUUUUGGUGAGUGAUGUCUUCUUCGUUGUGGUGAUAGCUUCCAAUUUGGGUCUUGGGUUUCUCUGUCAUGUGUUUUCUUUUCGGAGGUGGUGGUUGUGCCGCUGAUUGUUAAAGUUACACUUUGUUAUGAUGGGCCGACAUAUGAGCAGAUUUGUUUA